AUGAAGAACUCGGUAGCUGCCCUGGCCUUGGUGGCCUUCGGCUUCGCCUCUGCGCAAACUUCUACCAGCACCGCUCUGGGAGUCCAGGAGCCAAGUACGGCGCCGGCACCAAGCGCCCUCACCGCGCACGGCUGCUACAACCAAAAUGCCACGACAUGGGAGAAGUACAUCCCCUCACAGGGCAUCAGCAGUGGAUCUUGCAACGACGAAUGCAAGACCGUCCAGAAGAAGAACGUCAUGGCCCUGAACGGCGAGGAUUGUUACUGCGGUGACUCUUACCCGCCAGCAAGCGCCGUCGUCGACGACGCCAAGUGCAACUUCCCCUGCCCGUAUUACCCCCAGGAAGCCUGCGGUGGUGUCGAAGGAGGAAUGUACUUCUCUGUGUUCAACACAGGUCUUAAGCUUGUUGUGCCAGACGACAAGGUUGCCACCACUACCACAUCAGCUGCCAGCAAAGCCACAACGACAUCGAGCGGCGGUGUCGUCGAAACCAUCAUCGAGACCCCAGUGCAAUCAUCAGCUCCCACAGAGACCGGGGACUCCAAGAAGAGUGGUGGUGGUGGCACCAACACGGCUGGCAUCGCCGCCGGCGUUGUUGUUGGUGUCGUGGUCAUUGCCGCCAUUGUUGGUGGUGCCUUUUUCUUCGUCCGCCGGAGACGUAACGCCGAGAUCGAGGAGGAGCACCGUCGCAACGCCGCCGUGAACGCCUUCAUUGGCGGCUCCAAGCCCCCAAGCAGCAGCGGCAUGUCCAUGAGCGACUCUCGCAUGGAUCCCACCCUGGCGCACCGACGCAUGAGCGACGGCAGCAUUGCUGACAACCAAGAUUACUCAAGGAAGAUUCUCCGAGUUACCAACGCAUGA